AUGCUUUGUGUCGUUUACCAUUCAACAGCUAACGGACAACCCGAGAACGUUGUUCUCUCCAACUACAUCCGAUCAAAUUUAGACAGCCUACUUAUAAAACAACCUAAUGCACUGGUGGUGAUUGCCGGGGAUUUUAACCCUACUUCGACGGGCCUCAAAUUAAAGGACUUGACGCAAUCAAACAAUCUUAAACAAAUCGUAAAAUUUAACACCAGAAAAACAGGAACCCUGGACCGGUUUCUUACGAAUAGACCUGCUAUUUUUCAAUUGUUUCAACUACCUAAGAUAGCGAGGAGUGACCAUUUUAUGAUUUUAGCAAAACCAAUAACAAGUAGCGCGUAA